AUGUGGUCCCCUAGCCUUCUACUGACCCUACUGGCGCCCAUGGCACACCCCGCCCUAGCCGAAAAAAUCCUAGGAGCGUACAUCUUCGCCCGCCACGGUGACCGAACCGCCAAAGCCCUGGGAGACACCCACCUUACUGACCUGGGCUACAACGAGGUCUAUCUGACGGGCAGCUACUACCACUCGCGCUACAUCUCUCCCGACUCUCCACUACAAAUCGCAGGUAUCAGCGAACCAACCGUCAACACCAAGCAAAUUACCGCCUCUACGCCGUCGGACGAGGUGCUCCAGAACUCUGCGACGGGAUUCCUGCAGGGUGUGUAUCCGCCUGUUGGCAGCUCUGCGAAUGAGACGCUGCGGAAUAGUACAACCGUGCAAUCGCCGCUGAAAGGAUACCAGUUGAUUCCGUUGUCGACGGUGAGUUCGGGGACAAAUAGCGAGGAUUCGACGUGGUUGCAGAAGGCGAGUGGGUGUGAGGCUGCGACGGCUAGUAGUAAGGGUUUUUACAGCUCAGCCUUGUACAAGGACUUGGUUGAGGAGACGAAGGGGUUUUAUGAGUCAUUGUCGCCGAUGUUGAACAGUACGUUCAAUGUGUCGCAGAUGUCGUUUAAGAAUGCGUACAAGAUCUUCGAUUAUCUUAAUGUCGCGUUGAUUCAUAACUCCAGCAGUGAGUUUCCGUCGUCGGGUUUGUUGUCGGAUGAGGUUUACAACCAGCUCUUGACGCUGGCUAGUACCUCGGAAUACAACCUGGCGUACAACUCGUCCGACGAAAUUCGCGCUAUCGAGGGCAUGAGUCUUGCAGGCGAGGUGUUGGAAGGACUCGAGGACAUCGUCACUUCCCAAGGCAAAUCCAAGCUGAACAUCCAAUUCGGCUCUUACGGCACAUUCAUGUCCUACUUUGGUCUCGCGCAAUUGCCCUCUGUGAACGUCAACUUCACCGGAAUCCCCGACUACGCCUCGUCGAUGGCCUGGGAGCUAGUGACCAACUCGACCUCUGACGCGUUCCCAGCCGAGUCUGAGAUCAGCGUGCGGUUCAUCUUCCAUAACGGAACUAUUACCGGAUCAUCGACACCUGAUCAGUAUUCGCUGUUUGGACAAUCGAGCACCGUCCUCCCGUGGACGGACUUUGUCGAGCAGACUAAGAAGAUUGCUGUCACAAAUCAGGAUCAAUGGUGUCAGGCCUGCGGCAACACUGACAGUCAGUGUCCUGCCGCUUCUGUUCAGUCCACCCGCAACUCUGGCGGUAUGUCCAAGGCCGUCGCUGGUGUUGUGGGUGCUAUGGUGACGCUCGGAGUGAUUCUGAUUCUUGAGGCGUUGUUCUUCCUUGUGGGUGGAUUCACGAUUGCCAAGAGGAAAAAGGCGGUUGCUGGGUCUGAUGUUGGCAGUGAACAUGUCACGGACAAGAUUUGA